UCUCUCAUCUCUUCUCUCUAGUGUUUGGUGUUCUCCUUGCAAAAAUGACCUCUCUCUCUCAACCCUAACUCACCUCAGCCACUUCAACUAAUCAUGUUUGGAUACUAGCAUUUGGGCUUUUUCUCCACAUAGGAAGGGAGCCCAAAAACCCAACACUCAUCAAAGCUGAAAUUCGCAGCAAGGUACGCACUCGGCUUCCUAGCUUAAUUAAUUUGUCUGAUAGGAAGAUGGCGACCAAGAUAGAAGAGGUGGUUAAAAGAAUAGAAGAUCUUCAGAAACUCAAAGAUACUCUUGGUCUUAAAGAGAUUCCAACGGGUAGCUCCUCAUGGAGACCUCCAUCCACUUCUCUUGAAAGGGGGAUUGUGUACGGCAGGGAUGAUGACAAACAGGCAUUAAUCAAGAUGCUAAAUGACAACAAUCAUCAUAGCUUGUCCGUCAUCUCUAUUGUUGGUAUGGGCGGGGUUGGUAAAACUACUUUAGCACAAUGCCUCUACAACAAUACAGAUUUGAUGAAGGGGUUUGAUCUAAAAGCAUGGAUUUGUGUUUCUGAAAAUUUUGAUAUCGUUGAGACUACAAAGAAUCUUAUAAAGGAGAUCACUUCCGGUGUUUGUUGUCUUGACGGCUUUAAUUUACUUCAACAAGAUUUGAAGGAAAAAUUGUCGGAAAAGAAGUUCUUCGUUGUUUUGGACGAUAUUUGGAGUAAUGAUGGUGACAAGUGGAAAAGUUUUAUUACUCCUUUUCAAUAUGGGAGGAAGGGAAGUACUGUUCUUCUAAUUACUCGCAAGGAAAAUGUUGGUCCAAUAGUCCAAAAUUAUAACUCUUACUUUCUCAAUGGUCUGUCAGAUGAUUAUUGCUGGUCUAUUUUUGCGGACAAUUCAUCCUUUCCUGAAUCAAAUGGGAGUUCAGAACUUGAAGAAAUAGGUAGAAAGAUUGUCAAGAAGUGUGAUGGCUUGCCCUUAGCUGCAGAAACACUUGGACGCUUGUUGCGCUCAAAGCAUGAUGUAGAAGAAUGGAAUAAAGUACUAUCGAGUGACAUUUGGGAAUUUCCUGUGACAGAUAGUAAGAUUCUUCCAGCAUUGUUAAUAAGUUACUAUCAUCUGCCUGCCUAUUUAAAACGGUGCUUUGUUUAUUGUUCAUUGUAUCCCAAAGACCAUAAAUUUGAUAAAGAUGAAUUAAUCUUGCUAUGGAUGGCUGAAGAUCCUUUGCGAGCACCAAAGAGGAGAGAAACUUUGGAAGAAGUUGGUCGUGAAUGUUUUGAUGACUUGGCUUCAAGACUAUUUUUCAAGCAGGUCGAAAGCAGUGAGAAGUAUUUUGUGAUGCAUGAUCUCAUGCAUGACCUGGCAACUUUUCUUGCUGGAGAAUUUUAUUGUAGAUUAUCAGAAGAACUUGGUGAAAAUGAAGAGAUGAGGAUUCUGACUCGUCAUUUGUCAUGCGAUUAUCCAAUCUUUGAAAAACUCUGUUCCUCUAAAAGUAUAGAAUCUUUGAGGACAUUCUUGUUUAUCAAUAAUGCUCAAUUUCAUGUUAGGAAAGAAAGCACAAGGUUAACAUGUGACAUAUUGUCAAAGAAUAAAUACUUGAGAGUUUUAUCCUUUGAUGAACUUUGUGUAUUUCCUGAUUCAAUGGGCAAACUGAUCCACUUGCGCUAUUUGAAUCUCUCUCAGACUGAGAUUAAGACAUUGCCGGAGUCACUGUGCAAGUUGUGUAAUCUACAAACAUUAAAGCUAAGAUAUUGUUCAAAGUUGAGGAUGCUACCCAAUGGCAUGUACAAUCUUGUGAAUUUGCGGCAUCUUGAUAUAUGGGGUACUCAUCUAAAAGAAAUGCCAAAGGGAAUGAGCAAAUUGAACCAGUUGCACAUUUUAAGCAACUACAUGGUAGGCAAGAAUGAAGAUAGUGGAAUCCAAGAGUUAGGAGGGCUUCCAAAUCUUCAUGGAUCAUUUGGGAUUCAGAAACUGGAGAAUGUUAUUUAUGUCAAUCAGGCAAGGAAUGCAAAGAUAAGAGAUAAGAAGCACAUUGACGAAUUAUGGUUGGAAUGGUCUUCAAGUGAUGAUAUGGUUUCUGACACACAAACUGAAAGAGAUAUACUGGAUAACUUGCAACCGCACAAUGGCUUGAAAGAGUUGACAAUAUGGGGAUACAGGGGUACAACAUUUCCAAAUUGGGUGGGGAAUUGUUCAUACCAAAAUAUGACUAGUGUAUCUCUAGAGUCUUGCAACAAUUGCUACUUGCUGCCUUCACUUGGACAGCUGCCAUCUCUUCAGUCCCUUCGCAUUGAUGAUUUCGGACAGCUCAAGAGUGUUGGCAUGGAGUUUUACAAGAAUGAAGGCUAUCAACAUUCUUCGCCUAUUGCACUAUUUCCCUCAUUGCAGCUUUUGGAGUUUGAUAACAUGCCAUGUUGGGAGGAGUGGUGCUUACCUGACUCAGAAGCUUUUCCUCAGCUUAAGAGCCUUCAAAUAAACGAUUGUCCAAUGUUAAAGGGAGAUAUGCUUAAUAGUGUGCUAAUGCGAAUCAUUUCUUCCUCGUUGGAUGUUUUGAAAGUGAGCAAACUGGAAAUACAAGAAGGUCAUCAAGGAUGGGGUAAAGAGAUGACACUUGAUGGAGACAGUUUAUCAUUUAGUGAAUGUGAAUCUGUGUUGGAGUAUGCAAUGGUCAUCAACCAUCUAACUUCCCUCCAAGAAAUACACAUCUCAGGGUGUUUGUCUGCUAUAUCCUUUCCAGGAAAUUGUUUACCCAAAUCAUUGCAAAAGCUCACAAUCUUGAAUUGCAGCAAACUGGAAUUCCCCCAGCAACAGCAGCAGAAGUAUGAUUUGGUAGAGCUACGAAUAGAACACAGCUGUGAUUCACUGACCUCAUUGUUGUUGGAUGCCUUGCCUUUCCCAAUCUCAAGAAUCUGGAUAUAAGAGGGUGUUCAAAUUUGGAAUCAGUUUCAAUGUCAGGGCCACCACAUGCUGCUCUUCAACAUCUCACCAUCUCUAAAUGCCUCAAAUUAGUGGCAUCUCCGACUGGCUGCACCCAACUUGGCUCAUCUCGAUGUUAGCUGGUGCUCAAAGUUAGAGGCAUUGCCACUUGACAUGAAUAGUCUUCUUCCAAGUUUACAGUCUCUUGACAUUCGAGCUUGCCCGAACAUUUGUAGGUUGCCAGAGGGUGACUUGCUGCCUAAGUUAAGGUCACUUACUGUGGGAGGUUGCGAGCAACAGUUGAGGGGUCUAUCAUGGAUGAGAAACUUGGACACCCUCACUCAUCUUACCAUUGAUGGCUCUAACUGUGAAAGCAUCAAGUCAUUCCAAGAGAUGGGUUCGCUGCCUCAACUUAACACACUGUGUCUCUUUCACUUUCCAAAUCUGGAAACGUUGGAGUGCAAUGAGCUUCUCUGCCUCACUUCCCUCCAACAAUUACAUAUUUCAUUCUGUGACAAGUUGGAGAAUAUGGCAGGAGAAAAGCUGCCAUGUUCUCUGUUACUACUUCAAAUUAAAGAGUGUCGUUUGCUAGGAGAACACUGUAAGAAGAAGCAUCAACAAAUUUGGCAAAAAAUUUCCCACAUCCCCACCAUUCAAGUCAAUGGCAACCAAAUUUUCUGAAUAGAGAUUUUUGACCAGGUAGCUUGUGUACAUAGCGAGAUGUAAUCCUAUACCUUUGGCUAUAUAUCUUCAUUUUAAUUCUAAGUUCAUUUGAGGUGGUAAUUAAGCUGGAUUGAUGUGUUGGUAACCAGAAACUGUGUUCUCUGAUCUUGGCUUCAUGUUAUUGAAAAGCAAAGACAUGAUGGAGAAAUUUGGAGUGACACUUAUUAUUGAAAAGCUUUUCUUGUUAUCGAUUUGGAAACUUUGUCAAACAGAUUUCCCAAGGUGACAACUAAUGCCGUCAAAGAAUAUGAUUUCCACAUUGAAAGAUGACAAUCCUGUACCUGAAAUAGUCCUUAGAAGGUGAAGUUGUAGAGAUGCCAUCAGACAACACUUUCAUUCCUAUCAACUUCACUCAUUGAUCUUUAUCUGGAGAUACAUUGAGGAUCAAGUGGCAAUUGCCAUGAGAGAAUUGCAGUUCUGGGUUGGAUCUUGAAUGGCAGUUUCAGUCAAAACAAGCAACAGAAAUGCAGUCAUUUUCCACAUUUACUUUUGUUUUUUCAAAGAAAAAAUAAGAUAGAAGAUUACUGAUGUUAUUAUGAAUAUUACAUAUCCUUUUAUCUCAUCAUCCAGAAAGAGAACUACAUGAACUCAAUACUAUACUUUUGCAUUGUUUUAAAGAGAUGCCUUUGAUUUGAUAUAUCUUUCAAUGACAAGCAAUGACUGUGAGCUAAAUAGAAGCUAAAUAACUCAAAUAAAUACACACAGUAAUGCUGAAUGAUUGGAAGGAACAAAUCUUUCAUCGCAAAUUAAAGAACUGCUGUGUGAUGUGAUGUAGAUUUGAGCAAAUAUUUA